UAUAAUUUAAACAAAUAUGUUCACCUUUAUAUACGGCAGUGUAGCAGAGGAAUUAUGGAAAAAUUCCGGGUUUCUGGAUAUCUUUGAAUGCAUCGCUUCGAUAACUAUAAAUAAACCUUAUCUACUAUUUCUAUCGUUUGUUUUUAUUCUUAUCAUCUACUUUUCUUUUUCGACUAUUAACAAUGUUGUUGACAUGACUGGUAUCGGAUAUGAAGAUGGAAAAAUGAAUGCGAAGGAAUUACGUAGAAAACGAAUUCAGUUAUUAAAAGAUACAAAUAGAUCGAGAAAAACACAGGAGUUUCCUCCCGCAUAUCCGAAUGGAUGGAUACCUUUGUUAGAAUCUAGAGAUCUACCUGUUGGAAAGUGCAAGCCUGUUACUGCUAUAGGUAAGAUAUUAAAACAUAACAUUAUUCUAUAGAUAUUAAGAUUAAUAGUUAAAUUAUUAUUGCCUUAUUGUCCUUAUUUCAAUUCUCACUAUACAGUCGACCCCCUAUAAGAUCAU